AUGAAGACUUCGACUCAUCGGUCCAUCCCGUCUUUCACUUCUGAGGGCCCCACCCAGAAGCAAGUUCUCGUGUCGUUCAGGGGUACCCCUCCUGACCUCACAAAAUUCUUCACCAAGUUGGCUGUCCGUGCAGCCAACGGGUACCUCAGGGAUGGUCGAUCUAUGCUGAAGGUCACCUCCAUUGUCCGUGCCUAUGACAGUUUGUUGUUGGUCACCCCCGCUGUCGCCAGCCUGUUGGAUCUGGAUAUUCUGCACAACUUUAUCCGCAAAAGCCUCCCAACAGGUACUCCGUUCGAGGUUGCGCUCCCCUCGUUGACAUCUUUUAUUAAGAUUCUCGAUGUUCCUUACUUCGACCCAAAAGGGCUGAAGAUCACCCAGGAGGCACUGGAAAAGGCCCUCCGCACCUCAGUUCAUGCUGAGGUAUUUGCAUAUCUGAGCACGAAGCCUCGGAUAGAUCGCAACUCCAUGCACUCGACUUCAUGCAUGGCCUACUGCAACAUCUGGGACUCCCAGCAGGGAAUCCACGCCAAGAAGGCCCUUGGCCAACUGAUUUUCCUCACUGGACGGUCCUGCGCGAUCAGGCCCACCGCACGACACACCAGAGUCCCGCUCUGCCAGCGUUGCUGGAAGUGGGGCCAUCCUACUGUCACCUGCAAGGCGAAGCAACUCUCAUGCCCUAUCUGUUCAGGUCCGCACGAGCAGAAGGAGCAUCACCAACAUGCUGGAUGUUGCAAGGGGAACGCAAAAGCGAAGCCCCUUGUGCUGCCCACCCCUCGCGACCAGCCCUGCCCCCACAAGGGCCGCUGCAUCAACUGCCACAAGGACCAUGCUGCCAAUUUGGCUUCAUGUAAGUUCUGGGCCCAUCACUAUGACCGUGAGUGGAUCAUGGCUGAGUAUCGUCAGACCAAUGUUGGGAAACCUUCAGGAUCUAAAUAUAUGGAGGGUGAUGAGGUUAUCGGCGCACCAAAGCAUCCCGACUGGCUGCAAAUGGUGCGCAUUAAGGAAGGGGAAGUUCCCCGCGUGAUCGCCUACGUUUCGACUAGGCUCUCCCGCUAUUGUCCUGCUAUGCGUCGCGACAUUGUCGACCAUUGCGACAUUCUCGUCCUCUCCCUCUUUAGUGGGGGCGAGGUCCUUAACUUAAUGAACGUCUAUUCUGAUGAUCAACACACAGCCAUUGAGCACCUCGCUGCUCAUGUGCAUUCUUUACCACCUUUCAUUUAUAUGGCUGGUGACUUCAACUGUGUGUUGAUGACUUGGGAUGACUAUGAGCAUGGCGAGUCGUCGACGGCAAUAUCCCUGCGGGACACCACAUCUCAGAUCGGCCUCGAGUGGGCACGAUCUUCCAACCAUGGACCAACGAGGAUCAGUCCUAAUCCAAACCAGAGAUCCAACAUGUUGGAUCUUGUAUUCUUAGCUCCAUCUGAGAUUCUAAUCUCGAUGCCCAGAUUGGAGCACGAUCUCCAGGGUCUGUCAGAUCAUGUCCCGAUCUGCACAGAUCUUGAUAUCGGUCCUGAACCGCCCGGAUCUGGGCGACGGACAAUUAAACCCGGAAGCGAGGCUGAAAAGUCUUUCAUUUCGGAUAUUCUCCGGGAUCUUGCAGCUAUUCCUGUCGCAGCCCCGGCAACCAAGGAAGGCGUUGAAGCUUUAGCCGAUGCUAUCGCAACAGCAUUCUCAGACGUGUGGCUUGCCCACUCGACCGAGUCCAAACCUACCAAGCGCUCCAAGUCCUGGUGGACGGACGAGUGCUCGGAGACAUUUGGAGUAUAUCAGCUGAGCCGUUCGCUCGCUGACUACAACAAGUUUAAGAAGGCAUGUAAAGAUGCCAAGCGUGAUUUCUUUGAUGAACGCAUUGCAGAGAUCGCUACCUCUCGCAAGCGCCCAUGGGAGAGCUUCGAGCCCUUUGCGCCCGAAGCUCGCCCAGGCGAUCGGUUACUGGACCGCUUUGCGGACUACGAGCUCAUUGCGAGAGCGAGGGCCAACCCUCUAACAGUACUGGCUGCGACUGAUGGCUCUGUCCCUCAGUCCAACCAGUAUCAGGCGGCUUUGGCUGCUAUAAUCUACAAGGGACAUCGCGAGCUCGAAAGGACUCGCUAUGUCUCUGGCAGAGUUACCGCCCCUGAUGCGGAACUCAAUGCCAUCUCGUUGUCACAAGGUGCCUCCCGGCACAAUUAUCCGGCUCCCGAGGCUGUAUCCAGCUUCCAAGGCUUGUGUUAA